AUGGAAAUCCUUGGAGGUGUCACUACUGUUUGUGUAGUAUUGCUUGUCUGCAGUUUCCCGCCAUGGAACUAUGGCAACUUUGUCUCUAAGGAUUUUGAAGACACAUUACUUGCGCUGUCUAAAGUGAUCGAAUACAUUCACCAAAGACCUCGUCAAAUGAAUGCUGAUGUUACGUUAUCUCUAACAAUCAUCGAAGCUAACGUGGCUGCUAUUUUCGUUGGUAAAAAUAUUCAAUGGUUUAAUAAUGAACAACGAAAUGGAUUAAUAAGAAUUUUGAAACUUUGUGAUUCGACAAGACAAUUCCUAUUGGAGAAGAUUAAUUCAAAAAAUGAAAAUGUCCAAUUACUGCACGAAACGAUAAAUUAUCCUGCUUUAUGGAUGAAAGCAAUAUCAUGGCGGCGUGGUGCCCUAGAGAGGGGGUGGGUCAAUCUUGAAUUAUCUUAUCAAGAUAUACGAGACUUGGUAAUGCAAGGAGCGCCCAAGGAGGAAGAAAGUGAUCGAUGUCUCGGUGAAAUCGUUCGGAAUAAAUUGAAUUCGAAUCACAGAUUUCCUGAUUUAUGUGCCGAGAUAUUGGCGACUCGAGGACCCACUAGAGGGUAUCCUCUUACUCAUCGAUUAUUGAUCGUUCAAAUUGCUAAAGUGUUGAACUGCGACCAAGGUGUUCCAUCUUCUGAAUUAAUACUCUCUUAUUGCUCCGCGAUUUUACAAGAUUUGAUCGAUAUCGAGGUAGCUGGAUUUCCAUAUCAAACGCGGGAUUUAAUGAUGGAACAAGUUCUUCUGUGCGGUAUGGAAGGUUUCCUGGAGUUCACAGAUGAGCACUAUGCACGAUUAAUACUGGGUUGGUCCCACCCUAGCGGCUGUUUCAGUUCCUUCGGAAGUUUAUCUCCCAGAAACGAAACACGCGUGUCACGAAGAGCCUCGUUGCAGACGGAUUUUGGUUGCGACAGCCACACUACUGGUCUUGCCGCUGCCUCGUUUUCUUUAUUUAUCCGCAAACAUCUAGAGAACUGGUAA